GGCAAGCUGGUUUCUUGUCCAACAUUUUCUUGUUCAUCAGCGGAACUGUUGCAUUUGCAUUCAAACAUUUUCGAACGAGUUUCAGAGAUCGAAGAUAUUAAGCAAAAAGAAAUGUCAUUCACUGGAACAUUGGACAAGUGCAAGGCUUGUGAUAAGACUGUCCAUGUGGUGGAUAUGUUGACUCUUGAAGGAGUGCCUUACCAUAAAACCUGCUUCAAAUGCAGCCAUUGCAAGGGCAAUCUUGUGAUGAGCACCUACUCCUCCAUGGAUGGAGUUCUGUACUGCAAGCCUCAUUUUGAGCAACUAUUCAAGGAAUCUGGCAAUUUCAGCAAGAAUUUCCAAACAGCAAAGUCUGAGAAGCAAAAUGACCUGUCUAAGACUCCCAACAAACUUUCAUCUGUGUUCUGUGGAACCCAAGACAAAUGUGCUGCUUGCGAGAAGACAGUCUAUCCAUUGGAGAAGGUGACAAUGGAAGGUGAAUGUUUCCACAAGUCCUGCUUCAGGUGCGCUCAUGGAGGUUGUCCUUUGACGCACUCUUCAUAUGCAGCUCUGAAUGGGGUGCUUUACUGCAAGCACCAUUUCGCUCAGCUUUUCAUGGAGAAAGGAAACUACAGCCACGUUCUCGAGGCUGCUUCACACAAGAGAAACAGCUCUUCUGCAUCGGCCGAGCUUGCUGAAAACGAAGAUGGUGAUCAGGAAGUUGCUGCGGCUGAUGAUUGAAACGGCUCCGAAGAGUAAUCUUAAACAACAACACACCAAUACAAACCCUAGUUCUUGCCAUUCCCACCAUGAUGUUUUUUAGAGUUUUUGUUACCAUCU